AUGCAGACAUUUAGACAUGUCCUACAUGUCUCAUGGCUGACACAUCCGUCCCAGAUUGCUUACGCCCCUCAUGAGCCAAUCAAUGUGGGGUUCCAAUCCAACAGAACUUACGAGUCCCGCCAGGAACCAAGUGAUCAUCCUGUUCAAUUUGGUCCAAGACCGGUACAGCUUGAAAGACCACAUGGCCCAGGCAACAUCACGACACAAGACCCGGCAGCAUUGAAAAGAUCUAACUCACAACACCCGGCUGCAUACGAGAGGUCUAACUCUGACCAGCGCAACCUUGUGGACCCAGCGGGUGAUUGGGAUAAUGCAUGUUGGGACUUGGGCGACCCAACGGCUAAUUUCCAGGAGGUUCAUUCAAGCUUUGUACCACCUGUUCCGGAAGACAUCAGCCCCCUCCCACUGGCCCCUGUGGAUGCUUUGCAGUCGGCCCCAGCUGGAACUUUGGCUUUGGAUAACUUCUUGUCAUCAAAUAUGCAAGCCCCUGAUGUUGCUGCUCACCCUGAACAACGUGUCACUGUGGGCAUCACGACCAACCAUCUGGAUCCUGGGACUGCUUCUCCUGGACGGUGUGAGAACUCCUUUGGGAAUGGUGGCAGUCCUGUGAGGGGGAAAUAG